AUGCCUGCAGAAGGAAGAACCCCGCCCGGCCCUGGGCGUGCUCUGCCCGCCUGCAGUCCAGCCUCUCCUGCCCCCGCCCAUUGCACACGCGGCUUCUGGCGCUGGACCCAAUCUCUGGCGCCAGUCUCCCUCCUGGGCCAGCCCAGUUCCCCAGCCCUGCCAGAUACUGUGCACGACUGGGAGCCCUCUCCCACGUGGGCCAUCGGCAUGCCCACCACGGGACGGUCAUCAUUUACCCACCUGUCUUCUCCCCGCUGGACCAGCCAGGCCAUGAACUUGAGUGUGGUGCCUGGUACACAGCUGACGCAUAAUACAUGCUGGCUGAGGAGUGAGCUGUCAAAUGUCUACAAUGCUAGAGUACUGUACAGAAUACAGCCACUCUAA